AGUUUAUAUACACAGUCUUUGGCAGCACACUAUACUCCAGCAGUGGUUCAGACUAUUAGCAACCCUGAUGGAACAGUAUCAAUUAUACACAUUGAUCCAGGUAGUGCUGUCGUUACUUUGCCGGAUGGAACACAAGCUCAGGUUCGGACUGUUAACGAAAUUCAGGGUUCCUCAUCUGAAGAGAACCAGAAUGUUCAGUCCUUAACGGAGAUUACAGCAGCAUCACAUCCCGAAGUGACUAAUCAGAGUAAUCAGCAUUUCUUACCGCUUAAUGUCAGUCUUCAUGGUGAUAUGCUAGCAACGUUAACUGAAGCAACACUGAACCAAGAUGGCCAGAUUAUUUUUACUGGCGAAGACGGCACUCAAAGUGCAUUUCCAGUGUCUGGUGUUGUUACCAUUCCUGUGUCUAUGUACCGAACAGUUGUCUCUAGCAUGUCUAAUCUGACCGAUGGUCAGGCAUCACACCCAGGUUUACAUGUUCGAAUGGCUAACUUAGGAACAGCAGAGUGCACAGAAACUCAAUCACUUGGGAUUGUUAAUACUUCAGAAAGGAUAGAACCUAUUGCAGUAACAACACCAGCAAGUUUAGAAAACAAUAAUUAAAAGUUUUAAAAUUAGAUUUUACAUUUUUUUAUCUCUUAACAUUUUAAAGAGUGAGAUCCGAGUACAAAAUCUUUGAUUUACAUUUUUUGUUAAUUUUAAGAUGAGUAUUGUUUAUUGGGUUUUUUUGUCAAGUUUGUAAAAAUUAACUUGGAAAUUUGAAAUUAGGAUUAUCAAGAUCCAGUUUUAAAUUUGUGAAUUUUUAUUUAAAACCUUUACAAAAUGCAAUUUUUUAAUUCUGUGUUAUGAUUGCAGUAUUUAAUUCCAGGAAGAUUUUUGUUGUACAUAUCUAUACAGAUAUUCUGUUUCUAUAUCUAUGUAAAGUUGUUUCUUUUUGUAUACAACAGGAGAAAACUUAUUUUUUAAUAUCAUAAGGACAAUUAAUUUGUUUUAUGCCAAGAUGUGUUUGGCUUUUUCCUCAGCUCCAAAAACCUUGUUAUUGCUGAAUUAACACUGUGAAAUAUAACGAUUUUCCCUUCAUUCCUUUAUACUUCUCAUGUCUCUAAACAUAAGAACAAAAAAAAACUAGUUUUAUUGUUUAACAGUAAGCCUAACUAAAAUGCUGCUUGUGGUAGGUGACAUCAUUCAUACAUACGACAUAACUUCCAUGUGUGGAUCUCAAUUAGGAAUAUGCUGAUGAAUAUAUUUUCUGACAAACAUCUCUUGCUGACUGCUGUAAAGUUGUUUUACCCGCCUCUAAUUUAUCUUUAGGUAUGGCAUACCUAACCAUGGUCUCCCAGCAGUGUAUAUAAUAAUGAUACUGCUUCAAAUAAAUUCAUAGAAUUUAUUAUUAAUUGAAAACAUAACUCUUAUGUACAGGCCUUGACAUCUGUAAUACUGUAGUAUAUAGCUUAUAUACAUGCCUUGACAUCUGUAAUACUGCAGUAUAUAACUUAUAUACAGGCCUUGACUUCUAUAAUACUACAGUAUGUAACUUAUAUACAGGCCUUGACAUCUGUAAUACUACAGUAUAUAACUUAUAUACAGGCCUUGACAUCUGUAAUACUACAGUAUGUAACUUAUAUACAGGCCUUGACUUCUGUCAUACUACAGUAUAUAACUUAUAUACAGGCCUUGACUUCUGUCAUACUACAGUAUAUAACUUAUAUGCAGUUCAUAACUUCUGUCAUACUACAGUAUAUAGCUUAUAUGCAGCUCAUGACUUCUGUCAUACUACAGUAUAUAACUUAUAUGCAGUUCAUGACUCCUGUCAUACUACAGUAUAUAACUUAUAUGCAGUUCAUGACUCCUGUCAUACUACAGUAUAUAACUUAUAUGCAGUUCAUGACUUCUGUAAUACUGUUGUGUAUUUUCCAUGACUUCAGAUAUAAUUUUUGUGUUCAUAUUUUUUACCUUCAUUAGUUUUAGUGUUGUAAAUUACUUUCUUCUCUACCAGAACAAGUGGAGCUCUAAGUCAUUAUAUAUAUGAAGUGAAUAAACAAUGUUUGUGAUACUUCUCAUUAUUGGACUUCAACACAUCUUGGAAUUCUUGUAUACAGUUUCAUUAUGUUUAUGUUUGAAGGAACUCACUAGUAUGAGAAACAUUGUGGUGUCUUUAGUUUGUGUAUUAUCUGACCUCUAUCGUUACGCUGUUUAUAAUUUCAUACGUACAUAUGUGAAUAAAGAUCAUCGUAUGCAAAAAUGAAAUAAAACUUAUGUAACAUGUUACAAUAAUACUUAUAAUAAAAUGAGCUGGGUGAUUAAUAUUUUUAAUUAAUUACCUAUUAGCACCAAUUAGUGUCACAAAAAUAUCAAAUAAUUGAAAUUAGCAUUUCUGAUUAUUACUCUCUACCACUAUUUCCACUGUAAAAGUCUCUUUUGAGGUCCCUCGAUGUGUGUUAGCAGAAAGUUUAUAGACUUGUAGCACUAAAAUUCAGGGAUUCAAUUCCCAGUGGUGAAAGGUAUCUCAUUGUGUGGCUUUUUGUUGAAAUGAACACUCACACUUUAACCCUCUGCUAAUGUUUAGUUCACCUUUGGGUCAGCAGUAAAUUUACGAUCUUAAAAUGCUAAAAUACGGGUUCAGUACCAGAUGGUGAACAGAGCAAAUAGCCUGUUGGGUUAGUUUAUGUUAAAAUAUACAAACUCAUGAGAAUAUUGUAUUAUGAGCUUAAUGAUUAAUCUCCCUGCACAUUAUUUAAACCUGUACAGGAACUGAACAUUGUCUUGGUGUUUUCUUUAACUUUUAAAAUCUUAAACAACAUGUACCAGGUUUAGGAGCUUAGUUAACGAUUUGGUGUUGAAAUUAUGCUUUAUGGACCAGGCAACAGUUUCUCAUAAGUCCAAACUUAAGCAGGAAAAGCCCAUAAAACACAAUUAACAUGAGAAUUGCACUACCUAAACCUAACUUGACAACAGUUACAGUAUUUUAUGUUAUGGAAUAAACUACACAUAUGAUAACUGUACAUUCUGGAUCGCACUUACAAAGAAAAUAUGCUUGACUUUUUUUUUAACUUUUCCUAAAAGGGAUUCUCUUCCCCUGUAACAAUUAUGCAAGUGUGCUUAAUAAAACGUUGGAACAAGUUCAAGAAAAGUGAUAAUGUUGAAUUGUUCUGAUUCACUAUUUACCAGAAAUUUGUUCUUUUAUAACUAGUAGACAACCCUAAUUAUGGAACCUACAUUCUUUCGUAACUAAUAGACAAGUCCAAGUGUGGAAAGUAUGUUCUUUUAUAACUAGUAGACAACCCCCAAUUGUGAAAUUUAUAUUAUUUUAUCACUAGUAGACAACCCCUAAGUGUGAAACCUUUAUACAUAUUCACAUCAGAAAAAUGUGAAUUUAUAAGUGAAAACCGUGUAUUCUGGUAGGAUGACAUCUGUAACCGUGUAUUGGGUAGGAUGACAUCUGUAACCGUGUAUUC